GAUGUGAUGGUUCGUAAAAACUGCGAUGUAAGCCACUUUUCUACGAAAGCUGUUCUAAUAAUCAAAACACACGUUGGUAUCUCGAAUUCUUUUUACCAGAUUGACGAACAGAUUGUACCAUGACAACAGGAAAUGUUGCAAGACACGUCCUCCUCACAGGUCCCCCAGGGAUAGGAAAAACAACAUUGAUACACAAAGUUUGUGAUCAUCUGGUAAAAUCUGGAGUGGAGUGUAGAGGGUUUUAUACAGAGGAGAGAAGGGAAGGCAGACAGAGAGUUGGAUUUGAUGUUGUCACAUUGUCAGGGGAAAGAGCACCAUUAGCUUCUGUAAAUACCAGUGAUGUACCUGUUGGGAGGCAACACACUGUGGGGAAAUAUGUGGUCCAGUUACACACCUUUGAGACAACAGCACUACCUACACUGAAAAGAAAGGAAGGUCAGCACAACAUUUUUGUGAUUGAUGAAAUCGGGAAGAUGGAGUUGUUUAGUCAGACAUUUGUGAGGGUUGUUCGGGAUUUAUUAAGUUCUGCAAACACAACAGUGAUUGCUACCAUCCCUAUAGCCAAAGGAAGACCUAUACCUCUAGUGGAGGAGGUCCGGCAGCGGUCAGAUGCUGUUCUUUUUACAUUGUCCCAGUCAAACAGAGAUUCUAUAUUUGGAGAUGUAAUGACAGCUGUGAUGGACUCAAUAAAAUGUCACGGAGGUUAAUACUA